CGUACUCGAUGGCAAGAAUCCCACGUCUCUAGCCGCGACCCGUUGAGCGAUUAUUUGCAUCCAUUGAUCUGUUCGCCACUGUGACCAGUUCACCGCUCGUCUUAGCAACGGCUCUUUAACGAUCAACGAAGAAGCCAGGUGGGGGAAGACACCACAAACAUAGUCUCCAUGCCUGAUCUCAUUUUCCACGUCCCCCACCACGCCAGAGAGCUCCGAUUCGAAUGCGAAACCUGUGGCCAUCGCUCCAAAAGACGAAUUGAUCACACUCGUCAUAUCCAAAACCACACCGGAGAGCGUCCCUUUGCAUGCGGAAUAUGUCACAAACGCUUCAAGCAAAGAGAUGAUUUACGAUCUCAUGAAGAAAUUCACACUGGAAAGCGUCCCUUCGAAUGCGAAACAUGUCAUAAAUGCUUCAGACGAAAAGGUGAUUUACGAUCCCAUGAACCCAUCCAUACCGAGGUGCGUCCAUAUAGAUGCAAAUACUGUGAAUUCCGCUCCACUUUUAGAAGAAGUGUCAAGCGCCAUGUGAAGACUUUUCAUCCCGAUCUUCCAGUCGAUAUUAAGCAUAUUCACGAGCUCGACCCCGAUCGAUGUCGCCUUGCAGAAAACACUCAUCAACUCCAGUUUCAUAGACGCCUCUGCGUGGGGUUCUGAAAAUGCGAUCGCUCAAUUUGACCUCUCGAUAUACCAGGAGGACAUUCAGAGGAGCGGUCAAAGAACCACCUCCAGUAAUACCUAUGGAAUUCGCGAGCAGCCGAGUUCCACUUGUACACGCGUUUCUGCACAGCACCAGCACCACCUUCCAAGUAUUCAUGAAAUGGGACUCCUGGAGUACAGAGUGCCUGAGACUGCAUGUCCACGCGACCACAAUACAAAUCCCCUGCAGGGGGUUGCCGUUGGUGAGCCAGAAGGGUUGC